UUACCCACAAUCCUUUGGUUCCGUACACAAAUAGUAGACGGCUCAUUGAUCCGAUAUACGAGUGUUGUAUUUGCUUUUUCACAGUAAAAAAAAAUAAAUUGUCACCAAACCUGAAAAUAACCGAAGAGAAGACAUUAACGAGCUCCUUGCUAAUGUAGAAAAGUUUGACCCAGUUAUCUGAGAGCGACUGCCUCUCUACUAAUGCUAGUUCCUGCUAGCUGAACGUUAGCACAAAUAGUUUUGCUUUAAAAAGCGAAGAGGGGAAGGUUUGUAAAUCAUGUCUGGACCGAACGGAGACCCCAGCAUCUCCACUGAAGAUGGGAUCAUCAACGACGACGACGAAUUUGGCGACGAGGAAUACGCGGCGAUCAACUCCAUGCUAGAUCAAAUCAACAACUAUCUGGACGACCUGGAGGAGCGCAAUGACGCGCUUAACGGCAAACUGCACGAACUGCUGGAGUCAAACCGGCAGGCCCGCCUGGAUUUCAGGGCACAGCUAGUCGGCUCGCCAACCCCAGAGGAGCAGCAUGCUGUGGAGCAGGAGCCUUCGUUACCAAGCAAGCAAGACCAAGAUGAAGAAAAUCAGUGACUUGAUCAGCUAGAUGUGAAGGCAAAGACAGCGAUCGGUCAUCCAUUACCUAAUCCAUUCAUGUCUAAAAGCAACUACACAACCUCGUUAGGAGACAUGGCAAUGCAUAUGAAAGUAACCUGUGACCUGUUGCUCCUGUUCUGUGCAGAUUGGCGUUUAUCUCCUAAUAAAAUAUCAAGUUUUCUUUGACAGACUUAGGAAAUCCAAUCAAACGUGUCGCUGCUCUAAAAUUGCUGCAUCUAUAAUGAAUAUUUUUGAUUGCAAAGAUGUAUCCAGAUAUCAGCUCAAGUUACUUUGAAAUAACAGCAAUCUAUUUAUUUAGUUCCAAAGCUUAGUCUACGUGUUAAUAUAUCUCUAAAGCGCUAUCAAUGCUCUGUAGUGUUGUGGUUCUUUUAAUUAAAUGUAUGUGAGAUUUGGUCUAACCAGUGUCUGUCAGUUGUAAAGAAUCAAAAUUACUACCGACACAUUGUGGGAAUUGUCAGACAUUUUAAUAUAAAUUAAGAUUGCUCUGAAACGGAAAAGAAAACAUCCAAAAAUACAAUAAACUUCCAGCAGUUUAAAAAAAACAUCCUGUGGUCGUUUAUCUAGAUUUCUCAGUAGCUGAAUAAAAAUACAAUAGGAAGCAAACAGCUUUAUUCAAAAACUACCAUUUGUGUUUUUUUUCCCUCUCCUCUGAACCUUUCAGGUUUAACGAGCUUCAAGAGUCAAGUCUAGCAGACGUCUUUAUUCCUUCAAAUAAAGAAAAAAA